AUGGCACAAAAGGGCACACCAAAUCCUAAGGCCCUCGGCCGGCCUUCAGGGUCCAUUAAUGCACCCAUUGCGGCUUUCACUAUGGCCGUCCUACUAUGCACAUAUUGCUUUAGCUCGAUUCGUACUGCAAGGCAGGAUGCUCAGGUUCAAUCACCAGCUACAUCGAAGCAGCGGGCAUCACGGGUAGAUAAGGAUGCAUCGUGGGUUCAGCAGGCUCUUGAGGAGAGUCAGGCGGAGAAACGUGGGAAGAGGUGA